AUGCUUGUAUUAGCUUUGCUUUUAGCAACUGGACUUACACGACCAAGUGAGUGUAACACCUACAUUACACUUACACAGUCAUCAAGUCCAACCCUUUUUCAUAACAUGAGUGUAAAUUGUUAUUUGGUUAUACCAAGUGGUGUGACACUGUCUGUGACUGAUAUUUAUGGUACUGGAAAGGUUAUAAUAGUCAGUGGAGGUGCGCUAGUAGCAGAGAGUUUUACUUCUGGCUUUAUAGAGAACUCGGGGACUUUAACAAUAAGUCGAGCAACAGAAAAUUCCAAGUUACAGAAUAACAUUGGUGCCACAUGUACUUUACAAUUCUCAGCAACAACAACUUCAGUUGGGUUUCUCAGCAACAAUGGAAAUUUGGUGUUUUCUGAAACACAGAUGAAAACGGAUGGUGAAGACUUACUUAUCACUUUUAAUCAAUUGUAUACUACAGCCAGUUUUAUUGUCACUCCAAGGUAUCAACUCAUAUGUAACACUUUGGGUACAAUGGAUGCUACCACUGCGUUGUCCAUCACUUCAAAUAAAUACAAAAUUCAAGUUGUACAAGUCGACUCAAAUUUGAUAUUUUACCAGUUCUUUAAUAUGAUAUACUUCCAAACAACUUCGACUCUAGAAAAUACUGUAAAGUGCACAGCAACAAAUUCAAUGCCAAUGUCAACUUUGGCUUCAAGUCAUGAGAAUGGGUACAUUGUUUGCCCUUGCCACUUACUUGGAGUUACUUGUUCUUUAAAUUAUGGAUCAUUUAAUACCACAAUAACAGCAAAUACCAACGUCAAAAUUGGUGAGAUCUCUGGAAAUGAAGUCACUAUCAAAGGAACAGAAGCUUCAACAAGAAUUUAUAUUGGAACAUUGAAAGCAAACACUACACAUUUGCAAAGCGCUACAUUUACUAUAACAACCGCAAGUGGAAGUAUCGACACAAAUAAGGGAGACGUCUCAAUCGCGGCAUUUUCUGGCUUAUCACUAAGAGGGGAAAACACAAAACUUGUAGUCUCGUCUACGACCACCCCAACAUACACUAUCAGUGGCGGUUCACUCAUGUUACUCGCGUCUUCUGGUAAACCAACAAUCACAACAACCGGAACAAUUGUUAAAUCAACUGUCACUUUUGGUGCUAUUUCUUUCAGUGCGACUGUCAACUUGGACCAAAAUGGAGAACUCGACUUAACAAGAAUUACUGGCGUGUCAACUGGUGAUGGUGCACCAUCAAUAAAAGGAGUUUCAGGAGCAGUGGUAUACCCACCAUAUUACCAAGAUCCAUUGAAAGUACUUGGACUUUUAAAGAAUGAAUGGAAAUCGUCAUGCGAUAAAAUGAAAUUAACAUUUGACACUUCACCAACACCUCCAACCUGUUCUCUUUGUGAAGUUGAAGAUCCUUUUAAUAUAGACCAUUUUGGUUGCACAGCUUAUAAGACAAGUGGUACAAAUACGCUCACAAUUGAUGACAAUAAUUCUGGAUUAUUUACUAAUAAAAAACUAAUAGUGUAUCGAGAUGGAAUCACUGUAUCAAAAGAUGUCGUCUUUUCCGAACUGAGUUUGUCAAAUAGAAAUAACAUCUUGAUACAAUGUACAACCGAAGGAAGCCAACCAAUCGUGAAACCAAAAGUACUCACAGACUACAAGUCACUGACUUUGAAAAAUGUUGUUCUUGACUUGACCGGUGUUACUGCUAAUAUAGCAUUGGCGUCGCUCACUCUUGUGAACUCAGUUGUGAAAAAUCCAACUCUUGAAACAAACAAUGUGGUAAACAUUGGGACCUUAUCGAUGGACUCUAAAAGUAAGGUAGAGGUGCCAACCGGAUAUAAACUUGUUGUUGAGACAGCAAACUUCGAUAUGUCUACACUCGAAGGUGAUAACAAUGGUCCACUGAUCAACACGGAUUCAUUUGCAUCGUUUGUAGUUAAUGGAAUCGUUUCUGUUCAAGACCCUCCAACAGCAACACAUUAUAUGGUCAUUGCAAUAAGCACAUCAGCACAAGUGUAUCAAGGCUCUCUGCCAACACAAAUCAAAAACAAGUGCUCACAAAGAGCACUAGUGUAUAACUCAGACGUUCAGUCAUUCAAUUGUUCGUCUCUUACACAAUUGGAAACAAAGACAUGCACUGUCAACUCAACUUAUUUGAAGGACUCUGUAGAUCUUGAUAAAGACGUGUAUUUGUCCAACCCCGAUAAGGCUUGCCCGUGUUAUAAUGACAUUUCUGGGAAGGGUGGGGACUGUCUCAUCCACCUUGAAACUACCUCUGCCACCCCAGUCACAGUUAUGGCAACAAAAGAUGAACACAGAUUUACAAAAAUGGAACUUACUGGAAACUUCACUUUGAACCUCAAAGUGCUUGUCAUCUACUCGACACUUACGUUGAAUGGUGGGGUUGUGACAAUAAAUUCAGAGUCAAACACGAAAAUUGCUGCUAUUGAAAUUACAAAAACAACAACACUUGUGCUCAACACCCCAUCAACAAUUGGAAAAAUCACUGUGAAAGACGGCGUCGAAUUCACUCUGAAAUGCAACUAUGACACUUUCAUCGAGGCUUCAAAUGUUGGAGCUUUUGGGCUUUAUGUUGGUAAAACGUUGUCGAUCAGAGGUGCAGAUUCUAUUGUUACAAUCAAUUUGCUUGAUGUCAAAAUGACUGCGACUCAAAUGAGUAAAGUUUAUAUCUUUGGAGGCGCCAAGUUGAACUUCAGCGAAGCAACAGUCAAACUUGAAAAGAGUAAGGACUUCAAAGACACUUCUGUGAUUGAAGCUGAUAAUGUCAAUUCAAUCACUUUUGUAAAUACAAACAAUAAAGAUCCAGUCAAAACAGAGAUGUCUGGUGAGGCUGCAGCUCAAGUGUGCACCCCAUUUGUUCUGUUCUCUACCGCAUCACAAACUGAAGAAAAGUUCAGAACUGCCAACUCAGACUUAGGAUGUGGUGGGUCGAUGUGGAUCAUCUGCCCAACAGGAGUCAAAAGAUCAAAUUACGUUUGUAAAGGAAGUACAGAAUGCGUCUUUGCUGAUCCCAUCAACAAAGAAACCAUUCAAAUCAAUGCUUUUGAGAGUAAUUCCUAUGUCAAUACAAGAGACUGCCCAUGCUCUAAAUCAACGGGUUCAGUCUUCACGUCUGGGUGCAACACUAAAAUACCAGGCACACUUUCGGGAAUGACAAUAACAAACAUCACCGGCAACUUCAAACAACUCAAGGCAGAGGCAAGUGUCAACUUGGGGUUCAGAACAGUCAUCGUGGAAGAACUUAUGUUAAGAGGAAAAGUAGUCAUAUUUUCAGAUGAGAAAAUUGAUAACGACACAUUCACAGACGACACCACAUACAGUGGAGUUGGGUCUUUAACUGCUACUGUGUUGAACAUCUACACCAAACAACCAACUAAAUUGACUUUCAAUGUGCCAACAUCCAUUUUGGGAACAAAGUCGAGUGAGACAGCUUCGUUGUUGAUACUCUUUACUAAGACUUCUUACAUCGGACUUGGUAAUGUUAAGAAAGAUAAAGAAGAAAAUGGAAAUGUCUAUACAUACCUUGGAAAUUCAACAUCAGUUGCUAUCACCGCAGAACAAAAGUCAGAAGACAAAGAAGUUAAAUUCACUUUGGAACUUGCUCCCGAAGUUGCGAACUCUGAUAUCUCACUGAGUGGUAACGUGCCAUUUAUCAUUGACAGCGACUUCAUUGCAAGAUCUGUUGUUGUGAGCAGAGGAAGUAACAAUGACACUAUAAAUGCACUUCCAUUCAUACAACUCAAAGAAAGCAGAUACUUCUCAGUUGAGUCGUUGUCUGUUAUUCCAUUGGAGCUCACAUCGUAUGUAGUGACGUACGCGUCUGACAUAUAUCACGUGAGUAUUGCAAAUGAGGAUAAGAUGUCGCAGUCACUGAAGACAGACAUAGACCACUCGAUGUUGCUGUACAAAACAAGUGCAGACGAUGAGACAAGACCACCAAUUCUAUGUGAGUUGACUGUGCCUGUACCAGAAGAGCCAGACACUCCAGACGUAACACCAACUGCUUUUGUCAAGAUGGAAGGCGAAGACAACACAACAACACUUGUGUCUGUUGUGCAGUACAACGAGACUGCAGCAGACAACGCAAAGAUAUACAACAGAAGUGGAUGUCCAUGCAAUGGAAGAUACUGCGUGACUACAAUAACAGCAGAAUACACAGCACUCAUCAACGCAACAUCAAUUGGAUCUAACCAAAUAAACCAAUUCAUUGUUCAAAACACAAAAGCAGUUGAAGUUGCAAGUGACAUUCUGAACACAAAGGUGAUGACAGUCAAUGGGGAUGCACCAGUCGUCUUCUCGAUCGACACGUUGACAGUUGGUAAAACAUUUGAAUUCAACGCGGACACCGUCAACAUGACAUUCAACAACACAAAGAAGAUGAGCAUUGCACCAUUCACAAUCAACCAACCACAAAACUCAGACAAAUCAAUCCAUGUAGCACUGUACUCACGCAGUUCGUCACUCUCUAACAACUUUGAAUUCUCAAAGGUUGAUGUGUUUGAUGACUUGGUUGUGGAAGAUGCAGCAGACAACGAGCGAAUGGCACUGUUUGUGACAUCGUCUGCAUCAACAAACAUCACCAACUUGGAGGUGAGCAACGCACGACUUUAUCUCCAACAGGGAAAAUUCAACAUUCUCGACAACGAAGUUGUCUUGCUCAUCAAAAAGCCAGAGGCAUUCCCACUGAUGUUUUCAACUGGUGCUUCAGUCAGUUGGCCAGAAGGCACAAUCAAGAUCGUUGUCGACCCAUCACUCCCCAAAGACGUGCCAAUCUUCAUCAUGAGAGUUGGUCUUGGAAAGAACUUCACAGCUGAAAACGGUGUGAAAUUCAGUGUUGUAGAAGGAACAAAAGCAGCACAUUUGAAGAGCGCGUCAUUCUCGUCAUACACCAUCAAACAAAUCUGUUCGAUUUAUGUUGCACUUGUGCCAAGCGAUUUUGUCGAAGCAGGAUAUGAGUGCCCAACAGAUCCAACUGAUGCAAGUGAGCAAAACAACCUUGAACCAAUUGUCAAAAAGGAUGUGCCAACAUGGGUCAUUGUCAUCUUGAUCAUCAUCGGUAUCUUCAUUGUCAUCAUUUUGAUCUUGUUUGUCGUCUUUGUUAUUGUUGCAAGAAAGAUCUUGUUGAAAAGAAAAGCGCCAAAAGUGUUCAACGACGAAGAUAAUAUGUUCUUUAAAACAGAACCUUCUGAGGAUACAAAAGAAACAACAAAGGAAGAAACUAAAGAUGACUCGUCGCUUGAAGAAUCGUCGUCAUCUAUGUCAUCGUCGUCAUCGUCCAAAUCCGACUCUAAUUCCGAGAGUGAAUCGGACAGUAAUUCGGAUAUAAAGUCUGAGAGUAAGACAAGUAACAAAUCCGAUGUACAACAAAAGAACAAUGUAAGUAAUAAAUCAACAUCGAAAUCAGACACCUCUGACGAUGAGUCCAAUUAA